CCUGGGAAGCUUGGACCAAUCGCCUGCAGCUGCUCCCUGUUCCUUGCCUUGACCUCCGCCGCAUAUCAGAGCUCCAGCGAGACAUGUUAUCGUCACCUUGAACGCCUCCCGUCUGGUCUGCGAACCUGCGGCGCCAUCGCAUAACCGCCCAUAUUUUGGGUAUAGAUAGUGCUUUUGUCUGGCUACCUCCUCCCAGCGGCAAUAAUGUCUCUAUUCGGAGACGAGGACCUGCCCCCGCGACCCAAACAGUCGUCAUCGCUGUUCGACGACGAUCCGAAGCCCGCUGGCAACAGCUUGUUCGCCGACGACUUGCACGGCGGCGACUCGCCGUGGGCCUUCCCGACGCCCAAGAAGGCAGCGCGCGGAUCGCUGGUCAAGUCGCUGCUGCCCGCUUCGGACGUGCCCGACUCGUACAUCGACGCCUUCGACGCACUGCUGGAAUCGGACCGCGUCGGCAACGGCAACGGCAUCAGCGUCGAGCGCAUCAAGAAGCUCCUUGGCGACAGUGGCCUGCCGAGCGAUACGCAGACCAAGAUCCUGGGGAUAGUGUCGCAGCCAGACCAGUCAAGCGCUGGGCUCGGAAGGAACGAGUUCAACGUGCUCUUUGCGCUGGUUGGACUGGCACAAGAGGGCGACGACGUUACGCUUGACAGCGUCGACGAGAGGAAGAGGAAGCUCCCCGUGCCCUCGAUAUCGCUGCCGAAGAAAACGAAGCCAGAAAGCAAGCCGAGCGAGCCAUCUGCGCCCGCGCGAGAUCCGCCACCGCCUACUCCUUCGCAGCAACAGCCGCCGGCGCAACAGACGUCCACGCCAAGCAGGUCGCGUGCCCCCAUGCGCAAGCAGUCGUUCGGUGACCCAGAGGCAGACCCUUGGGGGAGCCCAGACAUGCAUCGAGGAUACAAUCAUUCGAGCUAUACCACUGUGCCCGUCCAGACGAAUGGCAUAAACGUCCCUCCUACUACAAGGACGACGAGCCAGUUCACCACAAACUCCGCUACAACCAACACCAACCCUACAGCGGACCAGCCCUCGCAGCGGCCUGACUCUAUGGGCGGGGAGGGAGGAUGGGGUGGCUACAAUGGAGGAUCAGACCAAGGCUUCUCCAACUCCGGUCUGGGAGGGGAAGGCUUCGGACAGUCGUCAGGUGGCGAGGGCGGUCCAAGCACUCCUGGGCUGGGGAGAGCAUUGGGCGGCGGACGCAUCGCGGGCGCUGGCCCGGAAGAAGUCGUCACGGUCACAGCCAUAGCCGAGAAAGAGGGCAUGUUCAUGUUCCAGCACCGCAAUUACGAGGUCACCAGCGCGCGCCGCAACAGCAAGGUCAUUCGUCGAUACAGCGAUUUCGUGUGGUUAUUGGAUUGCCUGCACAAGCGGUAUCCGUUCCGCCAGUUGCCUUUGCUGCCUCCCAAGAGGGUCGCUAUCAAUGGCAACUAUCUAGCUACAGAUGCAAGCUUCAUAGAAAAGCGAAGGCGAGGGCUGGCGCGAUUUGCAAACGCACUCGUCAGACACCCAGUACUAAGCCAGGAGCAGCUGGUUAUUAUGUUUUUGACUGUGCCUACGGAACUGGCUGUCUGGCGGAAACAAGCGACAAUCUCCGUCCAGGAAGAGUUUACUGGCAAGACGUUGCCUCCGGACCUGGAGGAUUCACUGCCGAAGACCCUUCCUGAGCUAUUCGAUACCGUUCGAUCUGGCGUCCGCCGGUCAGCCGAAGUGUACAUCAACCUCUGCAACAUGAUGGAGCGUCUCUGCAAACGCAACGAAGGCAUGGCGGCAGAAUUUCUGCGCUUCACAACGGCGCUACAGACCCUCACUGAGGCCUCCAAGGAUACAUAUGCUGCCGAUACCAACGAUGUGCCACUACUGAACGAAGGCCUGAGCUCUACGGCGAAGCAUCUGGAGCAGUCCAGAGUCUUGCUAGAGGAUGAAGCCAAAGGUUCCGAAGAGGGCGUCCUAGAAGAUCUGAAGAGGCAAAGGGAUACCUUGGUUAGCAUGAGAGACAUGUUCGACCGAAAGGACAAAUAUGCGAAGGACAACAUCCCGUAUCUAGAGAAAAGGAUAGCGAACAAUGAGCAGAAGCUGCAGGCCAUUCGGAGUAAGCCUCCGGAGCUGAUAAAGCCGAACGAGGCCGAGAAGGUUGAGGAGUCUAUAUUCAGGGACAAGGAGAGCAUCGUCCAACAACACGCACGAGGAGUGUUCAUCCAAGAGUGCAUCCGUGAUGAGGUCCUCUUCUUCCAACAGAGUCUGUACCAUGUCAGCCGACUGCAUCAGGAUUGGAGUCAGGAGCGCGUCAAGUACGCUGAAUUACAGGCUGAGAACUGGAGGGCGUUGAGUGAAGAAGUCGAAGGCAUGCCUUUGGGUGACUAGUGUUCCAACUGGAAGAAGAAGAGACGGUAAGCUCUGCGGAUGAGGGUCGGCACAAGAUGGGUUCGUAGUCGGCAUAAGCAAGAGCAGGAUGUGGUCCCAGUGUAUUCCAUUUUUGGCUUGAUCAGGCUGUAAUUUGUAUAUCCAUUAUGGAGCGGACGGUACAUAUCUGAGCGCUUUGGACGCCUUCGUCUAAUGUUCGAAUCGUUGAUUUCUGAAGGUAUGGUGUGGGUCCACGUGUAGAUAGCAGUCAGACAGGCACGGGUUCAGACUCGUCAUCAUUGAUGUUUUUCGCUCGC